UCGGAACUAAACAAGGCCUAAAAAGAAGCAUGGCUUAAUGGACUGUCAACGCUGUCGACAACGAACGGGAGGUUUGAUCUCACAUUUUGACCCGACAAUUAUGCCGUUCCUCUGUUGUGUUGUUUCUACGGGAGUCCUAGUAAUUUCAGUUGUGGUUUUCUUCGAGUGUGCGUCACUGUCAGUCAGUCACUAGCGCUCUACUACACGCUUGGACAUUUUCCAAGCUCCAUCUAUGGACUAUUGGUAGCCUCACUUCUACCAGUAUACAAUUUUCUUCUCUGUCUCGCCCGGUCCCGGUCUCCUCCCCUGCCUGUUCUACCACUACCAGUCCUCCCACAUCCUUCCUCCCCCUCUUGCCAAGACCAAGAUUCACGCGAAAUAAACCUUACAAUUGCAGAGGAGAAGAGAAGACGCCAUGGCACAUGCGAGAAGGUGGAGCUGCGGUUGGCUGCCUUGAUGACUAGCUAGCUGCCUCUCCGUCUGCCAUCGGCCAUCUCCAUCGGAGAAACACAAAGGAUUAAACGAAUCAGAGGAGCCAGACGCCCCCCCGAAUCGCCGGAAAAGAUCAAGAUGCGGCCUUUGCGGCGAAGCUCCGGGGAUCUUGCGGCCUUCGGCUGCUGCCUCUUCCUCCUCCUCCCGCUGCUGUCCCGCGGCGCCGACAUGCCGGUGGGUUCGACCCUGUCGCCGGGCAACUCGGCGACGUGGACGUCGCCCAACAGCACCUUCUCGCUCGGCUUCACGGCGUCCGCGUCCUCCCCGUCGCUCUUCGUCGCCGCCAUCUCCUACGCCGGCGGAGUGCCCGUCUGGUCCGCGGGCGAUGGCGCCGCCGUUGACUCGAGGGGCUCGCUCCGCCUCUCGUCCAACGGCGACCUCCAGCUCGUCAACGGCUCCGGUACCGUGCUCUGGUCGACCAACACGGGGGGUCAGAACGUGUCCGCCGCGGCCGUCCAGGAGAGCGGCAACCUCGUGCUCAAGGACUCCCGCGGCGCCACGCUGUGGCAGUCGUUCGACCACCCCACCGACACGGUGGUGAUGUCGCAGAACUUCACCUCCGGGAUGAACCUCACCUCGGGCUCCUACGUCUUCUCCGUCGACAAGGCCACGGGCAACCUCACGCUCCGGUGGACCAGCGCCGCCACCACCGUCACCUACUUCAACAAGGGGUACAACACCUCCUUCACGGGGAACAAGACGCUGACCUCGCCCACGCUCACGAUGCAGACCAACGGCAUCGUCUCCCUCACCGACGGCACCCUCACCUCCCCCGUCGUCGUCGCCUACAGCAGCAACUACGGCGAGAGCGGCGACAUGAUGCGGUUCGUCCGCCUCGACGCGGACGGCAACUUCCGCGCCUACAGCGCCGCCCGGGGCAGCAACACCGCCACGGAGCAGUGGUCGGCGGUGGCGGACCAGUGCCAGGUGUUCGGCUACUGCGGCAACAUGGGCGUGUGCAGCUACAACGGCACGGCGCCGGUGUGCGGGUGCCCGUCGCAGAACUUCCAGCUCACCGACGCUUCCAAGCCGCGCGGCGGGUGCACGCGCAAGGCCGACCUCGCCAGCUGCCCCGGCAACUCCACCAUGCUCCAGCUCGACAACACGCAGUUCCUCACCUACCCGCCGGAGAUCACCACGGAGCAGUUCUUCGUCGGAAUCACCGCCUGCCGCCUCAACUGCCUCUCGGGAAGCUCCUGCGUCGCGUCCACCGCGCUCUCCGACGGCUCGGGCCUCUGCUUCCUCAAGGUCUCCAACUUCGUGAGCGGCUACCAGUCGGCCGCGCUGCCCAGCACGUCUUUCGUCAAGGUCUGCUACCCGCCGCAGCCCAACCCGGUCCCGGGCAGCACCACAGGCGCGCCGUCGCGGGGCGGCCCCGGCGUCCGCGCCUGGGUCGUCGCGGUCGUGGUCCUGGCCGUGGUCUCCGGUCUGGUGCUCUGCGAGUGGGCGCUCUGGUGGUUCUUCUGCCGGCACAGCCCCAAGUUCGGUCCGGCGUCGGCGCAGUACGCGCUGCUGGAGUACGCGUCGGGCGCGCCGGUGCAGUUCUCGUACCGCGAGAUGCAGCGGUCCACCAAGGGGUUCAAGGAGAAGCUGGGCGCCGGCGGGUUCGGCGCCGUGUACCGCGGCGUGCUGGCGAACCGGACGGUGGUGGCGGUGAAGCAGCUGGAGGGGAUCGAGCAGGGGGAGAAGCAGUUCCGGAUGGAGGUGGCCACCAUCAGCAGCACGCACCACCUCAACCUGGUCCGCCUCAUCGGCUUCUGCUCCGAGGGCCGGCACCGGCUGCUGGUGUACGAGUUCAUGAAGAACGGGUCGCUGGACGCGUUCCUCUUCGGCGGCGACCGCGACGCGCCGCCGCCGGGCGGGAAGAUGCCGUGGCCGACGCGGUUCGCGGUGGCCGUCGGCACGGCACGGGGCAUCACGUACCUGCACGAGGAGUGCCGCGACUGCAUCGUGCACUGCGACAUCAAGCCCGAGAACAUCCUCCUGGACGAGCACUUCAACGCCAAGGUGUCCGACUUCGGGCUGGCCAAGCUGGUGAACCCCAAGGACCACCGCCACCGGACGCUCACCAGCGUGCGCGGCACCAGGGGUUACCUGGCGCCGGAGUGGCUCGCCAACCUGCCGAUCACGGCCAAGUCCGACGUGUACAGCUACGGGAUGGUGCUGCUGGAGACCGUCAGUGGCCGCCGCAACUUCGACGUGUCGGAGGAGACCGGCAGGAAGAAGUUCUCGGUGUGGGCGUACGAGGAGUACGAGAGGGGAAACCUCGCCGGCAUCGUCGACAGGAGGCUCCCCGCGGAGGACCUCGACAUGGCGCAGGUGGAGCGCGCUGUGCAGGUGAGCUUCUGGUGCAUCCAGGAGCAGCCGGCGCAGCGCCCGUCCAUGGGGAAGGUGGUGCAGAUGCUGGAAGGGGUCAUGGAGCUGGAGAGGCCGCCGCCCCCGAAGUCGUCCGACAGUUUUCUGAGCACCACCACGGCCACCAGUGCCGUCAGCUCCAGCAUGGUCUCGACGGUCGUCUCGUCGGGGGCUCCGGUCGCGCCCGCGCCAUCGCCCACCCUGGAGCAGGAGAUGGCGCUGGGCCGCUCCGAGUCGGCCAGGAACCGUGAGCGCGUGUCGCGGCAGCUGCUGUCGCCGCAGCCGUACAUGACGAUGUGAAAAGGCGCGUGUGCGUCAUCCUCAUCCGAUCCAUGGCAGAGAUCAUCAUCAUCCGGCGAACUGGAUAGCAAAGCAAAAUGAUCACACGCAGGCAUCCAUUCCCAGGAAGAGGAAAAUGUACAGAUUUGUAGAGCGGUUAGGGAAUCGACGAUAUGAUUUGCUCUAAGCUCUGGCUGGCGAACCUUGGCGGCAGAACAAACUGAUCUUUCACUGGUACUGUGGCUUCCAUAUGGCAAUACUAUGUAAUUGUAAGCUUCAAAUUCAGAUCGAGCUUGAUGUUGAGCAAUGCAAUUUGUACAAAAUAACCGGCAUAUUUUAGUAUGGACUGUUUGUUUCAAAAACUGAUGCAGUAGUUUUUUUAAUAACAAUUUUGUUUACCUCAUCAAGGGAAGUUCAGAGCAGCUCUUGAGGCAAAUAGAUUGUAUCAUAAAUAAAUUCAUAAUAAUAAUGCGGAGCUGUUAGAGAGUUUGACUAUCA